AAUUGCCGUUCUAUCCAUAUGUGUCAUUGCUCUUUCUGGUUGGCAUCGGAGCUGUCAAUGAUCGGAAAGCAUCAUGGCAGGGAUGGAACUCGCACCGCUGAGACCAUGGGAUGAUUUUUUCCCUGGUGUUGACCGAUUCUCCAAACCUGAUGUGUCUGAUUUAAGCAAAUGGAAUAACAGAGUAAUCAGCAAUCUGCUUUAUUUUCAGACUAAUUACUUUGCUGCCGCCAUCGUCGUAUUUCUGAUUGUCGGUUUUAUGAACCCAUUGGGAAUGUUUCUUGGAGGGGCAGUUGUGGCUCUGGUCUUCAUGGUCUCUGUGUGGGCUGGAGAGAAUAAAGCCAUGAUCAAGAACUUCAAGAAGAAAAAUCCCACCCUGUUUGUUGUGGGUGUCAUGGGAAUCAGCUACUUCCUUUUGUCCUUGUGUGGAGGAGUGAUGGUGUUUGUCUUUGGCAUCACAUUACCUAUGCUCUUGAUCCUUAUCCAUGCUUCUCUGAGACUUCGCAGCAUGAAGAACAAGUUGGAGAACAAGAUUGAGGGUGUUGGCCUAAAGAAGACGCCCAUGGGAGUCAUACUGGAUCUCCUGGAUCAACAAGAAGAAAAAAUCAACAAAAUCCAAGAUUUCUUGGAGAGCAAGCUGAAAGAUUGAGUAUGAAACACAUCAGUGUCAAUGAUAUUCAGCCACUGUUUCUUCUUGAGUUGUUUUUUGUUUGUUUUGGUCUUGGUUUGAGAACCAAAUGCCAAAAUGGAAAUAUCUUUUAAAUACCAAAGUAUGACAAAAUUCCAAAAGCAUAUGUUUGUCACAUCACCAAAAAGUAUGAUUGGAACUAUGCUCCGAUUAUUAAAAUGCUGUUUUUAGUUCUUGCUAAGACUGUCUAUCAAACUGUUGUCUUAGCUAGACAUCAUAAACUCAUUCCCUUUGUAUAUGCAGCUUCCAUUGACAUUUAGCAUGUUUUUGUUUUUAUACCAAAGCAAUUUGCAUUAAAAAAAGUGUAUGCUUUGUUAAGCGUCAAUAGAUUUCUAUAAACAGAGUCACUGAAGGCACUUUGAAAUAUUAAUCAUUAUAGAAAUUAUAGGUUUGGUUAUACCUUGUUUCCCCUCUAUCAAAAGCAAUUGUCAAUCAUCUAUUGCACAUUGAAAUGAACUGUUUUCAUGUGAGCUGAUAAGAUAUCUGAAGGAGAAGUGUGUAUUUAUUGCUGAAAAAUACAGUUUUGCAUGUUUUGUUUAUUUUUUGGCUAACAACCUCAGCAGUGAAUAAACCUUUAAAUGCUUCUGAUAUCAUAUUAAUGCUCAAUUACUGUUUGCUCACUGGUUUGAAGAGAUUUAAUAAAUGUGGAAUGUGGAAAAUUUUGGGCAUGAUACGCGCGAGUACAAUUAAACAACCGCUUUUGCAGAAAUCAGA